UCCACCCCAUCAGGGGGCGGUCUCACAGAAAAGUCCAUGCGAGUAACGGAGAAACUUCACGAAUGUAAAUAAUAAGCGAACAAGGAGGAUACGUCCUCGCACUUUCUUUCUAUUUCCAUCUUUUGACUAAUGCGAACAUGCCACGCAGAAAGCCUUUUAGUAACAAACAGAAAAAGAAGCAGCUCCAGACGAAACGCGAGAAAAAGAGAGGAGAAACUGGUUCAAGUCACAGUAGCCGAAAUGCCAGUGUGGAGAGAGGGCCUGGCAGAGACAGGCAGUCGGAUACAUCAGACAGCGAGACGACAGACAUCAGGAGGAUCAACCAUCAGCCUGGCACCAGAGACAGCAGAUAUGACCCCAACAGAUUCCGUCUGCACUUUGAAAAGGAGAGCAAGGAGGAAGUGGAGAAGAGGAAGAAAAUAGCGAGGGAGAAAAUCCUAAAACCGGUGGCAGAAAAGGAAAUGGAGAUUGAUAUGAAUCAGAUCUACCCAGAAGAUAAAGGCCUAGAUUUCCCACGGCGGCCCUCGUGGCAUUACAACAUGCGGCGAGAGGAGUUACUGCGGAAAGAGGAGAAGUCAUUUCUGGAGUAUCUAGAGGCUCUUCACUCCAAGAACCCACCCGGUACCCUCAGCCACUUUGAGCACAAUCUUGAGACAUGGAGGCAGCUGUGGAGAGUAAUGGAGAUGUCUGAUGUCAUUCUCCUCAUAGUGGAUAUCAGACACCCAGUGCUGCAGUUUCCUCCUGCUCUGUAUCACUACAUCACCAGUGAGUUAAAGAAGUACAUCAUCCUGGUGCUCAAUAAGGUGGACUUGUGCCCCCCUCCGCUGGUGUUAGCAUGGAAACACUACCUGACUAAACAGUUCCCACACCUGCACUGUAUUUGCUUCACCUCACAGCCAGGACAACCCUACAGUACACUUCUACAGAAGAAGAGGAUGAGGAAGAAAGUAGGAUGGAAUCAGGCUGGAGGCCCAAUUCACAUCAUGAGAGCAUGUCAGGAGAUCACAGCAGGAAGAGUGGAUUUGAGUAGCUGGGAGAAGAAGAUCCAGAGGGAUGCUGUUGCCGUGGGAACAGAGGGGGAUCAGGCUGAUGAUGGAUCGGAAUCUGUGUUGAUGGAGCAUCACAGUGACGUUGCCAUGGAGAUGAACAGCCCCACACAAGAACUAUAUAAAGAUGGUGUACUAACAUUGGGCUGCAUAGGUUUUCCUAAUGUAGGCAAAUCUUCAGUGCUGAACAGUCUGGUUGGCAGGAAGGUCGUGAGCGUGUCUCGAACUCCAGGUCACACAAAAUAUUUCCAAACGUACUACCUCACUCCCACUGUUAAACUGUGUGAUUGUCCUGGGCUUGUCUUCCCUUCCCAAGUUGACAAGCAACUACAGAUCCUAGCUGGUAUAUAUCCAGUGGCCCAACUGCAGGAGCCAUACAGUUCAGUAGGAUACCUGUGUGAACGGACCAACUUCCUGUCUGUGUUAAAGCUGAAACAUCCUGACCACAGCCCAGAAACUCCGCAAGACCCCAGCACACAGGACUGGACAGCAUGGGACGUGUGUGAAGCCUGGGCUGAAAGGAGAGGGUAUAAAACUGCUAAGGCGGCCCGUAACGAUGUCUAUCGGGCAGCCAACAGUCUCCUGCGUUUAGCCAUCGAUGGUCGGCUGUGUCUUUGUCUGCGACCACCCGGAUACACUCAGAGUAAAGAUGAAUGGGAAUCACACCCAGGCCUGGCCGAGAUCAUUGCUAUUCAGGGAAGGAAGGAAGAAGAGGAAGAGUGUGGCGACAGGGAAGAUGACGAAGGCGAAUCCAGCUCAGAGCUGGAGGAGGAGAACGAUCGAGACGCUGAUGAUGAUGAAGAUGCUGAUGGGGAUGACGAAGAUGAUACCGUGAAGGCUGACACCGUGAAGGCGGACAGGAAGGGCCUCACUCUCAACAUGUUCAGUGUGCUGGGAGAGAACGAGUGUGAGUGAGGGAUGAGAUCCGGGUUCAUUCCAUGUUCAUGCAUUCCAGUUUUUUAUUUAUCACUGAUCUCCUUACGACCAUCUCAUUUCAAUCUGCAACGUGUCAAUCAAAGGACUGUAUAAAGUUUUGAAUUUAAACGCUACACAUUUAUUUUGCAUUCGAGCCCUUUGUGCAUUUAUACAGCCCGUUGUAUAGACAAAAACAUUCUUUGUUCUAUCUCCUUUUGCUGGUUUUGUGUUUUUCCAGUCUUUCUGUGCCUCUAUAUUUUCUGUGCUUUCCAUCAUUAGAAAAUGAUCAAAAUGCUUUGAAAACUUUUGUACCUCCCGCAUGCAGCCUUUUUCCCCUUUUUUGAGUGGGCAGAAGGAAUGUCUGUACAACUGGUGAUUUGUACAAUCAGUGUUACUAAACAAACAUUGAUGAAUACAAUCGCUGAUUCAUCAUCAAUCUCAAAGCAGUGAUGCCAAAGGUUCAGGUGAGGUCAAAGGUCACUGCUUUGACCUCAAACUGUGAGUCCCCCAUGCGAAUGUAUUCUACCCUCAAUCUCAGUACCACAAACCUCUGCAUGCAGGGCAGAACCAGCCGUGUUAGAGGAUAAAAGAUAGAGACCAGAAACAGACUGUUGACUUGAAGAUUAUUCUUAUGAAAAGACGUUAUGGACACUCCAAGCACUUUUUAAAGCCAGAGGCAGCAACCAGCAGUCUUUUAUGGAUGAAUACUUUAAUUUCUAGGCAGAUAUAUACGUUUAUUAUGCGGGCAAUGAAGUGAAAGUGUUGUUUAGAGUUGCAGAGUAAAUAUAUAUGGCAAAACAAGUUCUAGACUAUGCAAAGUUUACCGAGGUAUCAGAAAAACUGAUACAAGUGUUCCAGUUCUAAAAAAAAAAGAUUGUAUAACACACACUAACACAAGCCACUUGAAGAUUUUGGAGUCAUAUUGGUUUGGACUAAAAGUGCUUUGUUAGAGAGUGGGUUGGUUUUGAAGAAUUCAAGUUUGAAGUGUGCACUUUUGCUGUAGGACUAUAGGACUCAGGUAAUGGUGUUGAUGUGCAGAGAGACCGAUACAAGAGUGCUGGUUUCCUGCUUUUCAGCCUCCAGCCCUGCAUGCCCUUGCUUAGGGAUUUCAUGUGGGCCUGUCUUUAUUUGUGUGGGUGUGAUGGUGUGUGGAUCAUUCUUUCUUUAUUAAAAUGUUAUUAUACUGACAGAAACAGCCCUCUGCAAUAAAAACGUUCCCCUGACUCUUUGCCGUCAUUGUUUUUGAGAACACAGAUACUGAUGUCUUUACAAACAGGAUGUCGGAAUGUAAACUAAGUACUCACCCUCAUGUCGUUCUAAACCCAUGAGCGCGCAUCAUGGUUGCAGAAAACCCCGGAGAGACAGCCUUCAUGGUUAGAGAAUUACACGGAGACGGUAAAAUACUUACAUUUAAGGAGACUGAUGUCAUUUUCAAAAUGUUCUCCGCAUAUUACAAGAGCUUGUCACCCAGCGAUAAGCACUGCUAUUCAACAAAGUUGACGUUAGAUAGUGCGCUAGUAUUACAGAUCCGAAACAGGGAUGAUGGUUUUUUGUGGGCGAAGCCUAUCUGCUGACAGAAAAUGAUGGUUAUCAAGUGGCAGUAUAUAGAGCUAUGGAAUAAAAGAAUAACAAAAGGUCAAUUUGAUUUUAUAUUUCAAAAUUCGGACUUUAUUCUUGCAAUUCCGAGAUUAUACCUCACAAUUGUAAUGAGGCAAAAAAAACUCAUUCUCUCUUUUCCCCUUGGCUCAAAAUAGGAGUUCAUCCCACACUCCUGGCUUUUUUCCCCUCAUAAUUGACAAACUCACUAUUUUUGAGUUAAAUCGAGUCAUAAAGUCUGAAUUGGGAGAUAUAAACUUGCAUUUCCAAGAAGAAAAAGUCAGAAUUCUGAGAUAAAAUAAAUGUUAUGUAAAAAUGUUAAUAUUAAUAGGUUUAAAUAAUAGUUCAUGCUGUAACUGUAGGGCUGAUACAAUACGUCCCCUAUGAACAACAUAUGUGAAUAUUAUGUAGACCUAUUGUUUAAAUCAAAUUUAUGCUUUAAAAGUAGAGUAAUCAUAGCAGUCUUCAUCCAUAGCAGUUUCAUCCAAGCGUUUAGCCUGAGGUAUUCAAUUGAAAUUAUUUGCAUUCCGAUUUUGACAUCAAAAGGCACACAAAUUGUUUUUUUCGUCUUAUUCCAUAUAUUUGACCAUUUACCUCUGCUUGUUACCAGUGUUUUGUUUUGUUUUUUUCUGCCACCACAAUGCGCGCACAGCUUCAAGUGAGUAACUGUGACAUCUACUCCAAAUUGGUCUAUUAUAAACAAUAUAGCUAAUGUAUAUUACACAUUAUAACAAAUCCCUGCAGAAGGCGCCAGUGGUCUGUGAUUGUUUUUACACUUUACUGUGCAAUCUAUUCCGUGUUUAAUAUUGACUCAACAUUUCAUUCAGAUGUCCACCUUAUCUUUAAUAUUUGGCCAUAUCUUUAUGACAGAAAUGCUACAGCCACUGUAAGUUCUUGAAUAUGUGGACAUCAAAACGUGUAAACUCAAAGUGAGAGUUGAAACUUUUAUUUUGAUAUCGUGAUGAACAGUUAAUAGCAUAUUGAGAAAGAAACUAAUGUAUUCUCUUGUGUUUACAUAGGUUUAUAAAUGAUUUACCUUACAAAUCUGAUGAAAUGGUGUUUGUUGCGUUCCCAGAUAAAUGUUACAAUAAACCCAAACUCACAUGGAAAUGAUAACAGUUUGUAUAGCAGCAUUUACUGUGAACUGAGCCGCUUUGAGAAGCACGUACAUAACCUACAGGCAUAUAAAUAAAGCAUAUAUAUUUAUUCAA